UUUUUGUCGUGGAGUUAGGGGCAGCAGAAGCAGCCCAGCGCUGGGAGCAGUACUGUUCACCACCGAACCAACCAACUCUUCCUCUGUUAACUGAGGGAGAUCGCAGAGGCGCCAAGGUACCUGUCUAUUCCAUGCUCGACAACUCCGCUGCCGCACGUCUAUCUGCUUGUUGUCAUGGAGGAGCCAAAAUGGCGGUCCUGGCCUACAGCCUAGGCAAACGGGAGAUAAAUCAGUAUUUUAACAUUAAAAAUGCAAAAUUGCUCUCUCUCGUUGCUGUGAUUCUCCUCAGUGUGUUCCAUUCCAUCUCCCGAUACUAUGGAGGCAGGGACACAUGUGAGUGGCUCCUAUCCAGUGGACGGUUUCUAGGGGAGAAUGUGUGGCAACCAUAUGGCUGCAUGUUGCACAAAUACAAAAACACUGAAGCAAAGGCUUGUCUCCAAAAUAAAAAAAUAGCAUUCAUAGGAGACUCCAGAAUUCGGCAACUCUUCUAUUCUUUCAUAAAAAUUAUCAACCCAGAGGCAAGGGAAGAUGGGAACAAGCAUGAAAACAUUCCCUUUGCAGAUAGGGAGUUUUCUGUUAAUGUGGAUUUCUUGUGGUAUGCAGAAGUGAAUAAUUCAAUGAAGGGGCAGUUGAUGUCCUGGGCAGAGGCAAAGAGGCCCUCUGCUAAACCAGAUGUUAUAAUCAUUGGUGCAGCCACUUGGUCCAUCAAACUGCACAGUGGCAGCAGCGAGACACUCCUUCAAUACAAAGCAAACCUCACAUCUAUAGCAGCUCCACUGGAAAAACUAUCUGAGCAUAAUGACGUCUAUUGGGUCUUACAAGAUCCUGUAAAUGAGGAGGUGCUGAGUGAGAAUCGAAAGAUGAUCACAAAUGAGCAGAUAGACCUGUAUAAUGCGGCAGCAGUCAGAGCUCUGAACCACAAGAGAAAUGCUAAGGCCAGAGUAAAGUUCCUGGAGGCCUCACGGCAGGCUGCCAUGGAGACAAUUACCCAGUCUGUGGAUGGGCUACACCUCCCUGAGAGCACAAGGAAUGUGGGUGCAAUGAUUCUGAUGAAUUCUAUGUGCAACAAGCUCCUGAAGCCCAUUGAUGGCUCCUGCUGUCAGAGUGUUCCUCCUCUUAGUGUCCUGCAAAAACUAGCGGCAGGAUUCUUCCUGGUGGCUUGCGUCUGUUUCCUGGUCCUCCAUUUGCUAGGCUACAGCAGACAUCGCAAGAGCAGGCCUGUUCCUGAUGUGGAGAGCGGAGAGGAGAAGAAACCUCCAACUGCUGCAGUUCCAUUCAGCCUACAGGAAGCACUGCAGUCUGUUUGCAAGAUGGGCAUCAUCAUGCUGUACUUCUACCUCUGUGACCGAGCAAACCUGUUCAUGAAAGAACAGAAGUUCUAUACACACUCCACCUUCUUCAUCCCACUCAUUUAUAUAUUUGUGCUUGGCAUCUUCUACAAUGAGAACAGCAAAGAGACUAAACUUCUGAACAGAGAGCAAACUGAUGAGUGGAAAGGUUGGAUGCAGUUGGUCAUCCUCAUCUAUCAUAUAUCUGGUGCCAGUGCUUUUAUUCCUGUGUACAUGCAUGUCCGGGUCCUAGUGGCAGCUUAUCUCUUUCAGACCGGAUAUGGCCACUUCUCCUUCUUUUGGUUAAAAGGAGACUUUGGACUUUACAGAGUGUGCCAGGUUCUCUUCAGACUCAAUUUCCUUGUGGUAGUGCUCUGCCUUGUCAUGGACAGGCCAUACCAGUUCUACUACUUUGUGCCUCUGGUUACCUUUUGGUUUGUGGUCAUCUAUGGCACAAUGGCCAUGUGGCCACAGAUUCUUCAGAUAAAAGCUAAUGGUAGUGGUUUCUGGCACCUGGCACUUUUAUUGAAACUGUUAGGCUUACUUCUUUUCAUUUGCUGCUUUGCAUACUCACAGGGACUCUUCGAGAAGGUUUUCUCUGUGUGGCCUAUAUCCAAGCUCUUUGAGCUGCAAGGCAGCAUCCAUGAGUGGUGGUUUAGGUGGAAACUGGACAGAUUUGCUGUGUUCCAUGGGAUGCUGUUUGCCUUUCUUUACCUGGUAUUGCAGAAAUGCCAGGUUUUGUCUGAAGGCAAAGGAGAACCUCUGUUCUCCAUCAAGAUUUCCAACUGCCUGCUCUUCAUAUCAGUGGUCUCAUUUAUAACAUAUUCCAUAUGGGCUAGUGGCUGUAAAAAUAAAACUCAAUGCAAUGAGAUGCAUCCCUAUAUUUCAGUGGUGCAGAUUCUAGCAUUUGUUCUAAUCAGGAACAUUCCUGGUUAUGGCCGCUCCCUCUAUAGCUCCUUUUUUGCAUGGUUUGGAAAGAUCUCAUUAGAGCUCUUCAUCUGUCAGUACCACAUAUGGCUGGCGGCAGAUACCAGGGGCAUCCUGGUGCUCAUUCCUGGAAACCCCUCCCUCAACAUCAUCGUCAGCUCCUUCAUCUUUGUGUGUGUGGCCCAUGAGAUUUCACAGAUCACCAAUGACCUUGCGCAGGUGGCCAUUCCUAAAGAGAGUGGUGCCCUGAUGAAGAGGCUGCUGGCUGCAGCACUCCUCCUCGGACUCAUCGUGCUGUCUGACGGUGGGCAGCCUGCCUACUAAGGGAGUCUGGCACAGCCUCUUGCCUGGCUGGCCACAGCUUUUCAUGAAUACACCUCAAGUGAGCUGAGGGUUUUGAGUCAGACCUUUCUACAAUUCUUAAUGAGUUUUAAGAAUGGAUGACACUAUGCUAUAUACUGAAUUCAAUUGAGACAUAUCUAUAAACAAGGCCCAUGGUGCAUGAAUGACCUACAUUAUAAAGCUUUGUUUACAGUGGACACAGAUUUUAUAAAACUGCGUACAUUGGCCCUACAGGCAAAAGCAUACAAAUGUGUAUAAUAUUGCAUUGCUGUGCUGAAACCUACACUUUGGUUAAGACCAAGAUUGAUGCUAAAAUUGAUGAAGCCUAAAAUGGCCUGCUUUCCAUCCAUGUCUUAUAGUACUUUUUUGUAUGUACAGUAUUUAAUCAUUUAAAUUAAGUUUAUUUUGUACAGGGUUGUCUUUGUGUCAUGAUUCUCUUUUUUUCCUGUUUUCCUACUUUGGAUUCUUUGCUCAUGACUGAAAGACUCAUGUGAAGUGAAAUAAGAGUGGAGUAUUAUUUUCACACUUUAUGCAGUAGACAAUGCACCAUAUGCUAGCUUUUGGGAUGUCAGUUAAACUACAAAUCACGAGCCAAUUCAUUUCAGUGUAAACCACUAUUGUGAACUGUUUGUAAAUUUUAACUAAUGCUUUCAGUAGUUCUUAAUUCUCCUGAACUGAAAACAGACAUAUGAAACUUUUAUAGUUGUCAGAACAUGGACAGUAAAAGGUUACUGCAUGGACUACUGAAAGACUAUAUGUAUCUCAAGACAGCAGAACUGUCUUGAAUGGUCAGACAAUAUGUUUCUCUAUUUAUUAUCCUUUUUUUCUGCAAAAAAAUGAAAAUGCAUAAACUAAGAAGGGUAAAUCUGUGUUGCUGUAAUCCAGUGAAAAGCAAUGUUGCUAACAUUAUGGUGUGAUGCAAGACAAGGACAGUGGCACUGCUGAAGGGAGUCAUGAGUGGAGGCUGGCCUUUUUCAGGAUGUUCAGAAGGGUUUACAAGGAUCUCAAAGGAGGACAAGUCUUAGAUUGGUGAGUGCUUUUAUAAUAGUUGUGGCUUUUUUUGUUUGGUGUGUUUUUUAUUUUGUUUUGUGUUUUUUUUUUAAAAAUAACAUCCAAUGUUUUGUACUACGUGUUGCAGCUUUUAUCUUUCAGUUAUGCCAAACAAACUAAUCUUAUUUUGAAUGUCAUAUGGUUCUUUAUUCCCUUACUAUAUUGCUGCACUGAGUAGGAUGUUUACCUCCCAAAACCUAAAAGCUACUAGCAGGGACUUCAGGGCUAAAGCGCUAUAGCCCUGACACUGAACUUUCUACAACACUGAAGAAAGAGGAUGAGCUGCGUUCCCAACAGUUAUUUCAGAGAGCCUUCUGAGGCCAGAAAUAAAAUAACAGAAUAGCAUUGUGGAGACCUAAAUUCUUUUGUGUUUGCUAUUAAUGUCCAUUAGCAUUAAUUUUUUGUUUAAAUAUUAAUGAUUAAUAAUUGCAUUUGUAAAAGAUGUAAGUGUUACCUUAAAAAAAAUCCAUUGGUAAAUACUAUAAAUCUGGUGUAUGAGCUUUCAUGAGACUAAGAGCAGACUGUUGUUUUUAUAUUGGCAAGUUUAUUAACUGAUUGUGAUGUUAGAGCACUAGUGUCAUAGCCACAGCUGUGACUGGACAUGCUUUGCUAUUAAAUUGGCUUAUGCAGUUGAACUAAGGCUGUGUUCAUCUGAUCUACCUUGAUGUUUCUCUGUUUGGAUUUAUUUGAUCAUCUUGAGAGUAAUAUC